AUAUCUAACUCAAUUGGAUAUGGAAAAGAGAUGUACAUCGACUCCACCAACACAAAAAUCAAACGAAAUGAAAAGAGUUGGCAUUUUAUAUUUUCAUCAUUGUGAAAUAAAUUUUUCCGUCGUUAUGUUUUUGUGAUCUAGGAACAGAGAAAUAUCUUGUGUGAUCCCUUGUUUACUUGUUGUGGAAAUGUCUUUUGUUAAAUGUUGUGUUGAACGUCAUGAAAUCAGUGAUAUUAUGGAAACAUUUUUACAAAAGUGCGCAGAAUCUGGAUGCUGUUGUGGGUGCUGUAGUGCUUUUAGGCCAAGGUAUAAAAGGCUCGUGGAUAAUAUUUUUCCUGUUUACCCCCAAGAUGGAUUGGUCAAAUCUAAUAUGGAAAAACUCACAUUUUAUUCCUUGAGUUCUCCAGAAAAAUUAGAUAGAAUAGGAGAAUAUUUGUAUCAGAGAGCUGCAAGGGAUAUAUACAGAAAAAAAUAUGGUUUUGUGGUUAUUGCGAUGGAGGCGAUGGAUCAACUUCUUCUGGCUUGUCAUGCUCCAACUCUAAAUUUAUUUGUAGAAAGUUUUUUGAAAAUGGUUCAAAAAUUACUGGAAUCGACAGAGCCGGAAUUACAGAUUCUAGCUACACAAUCGUUUGUAAAAUUUGCAAAUAUUGAAGAAGACACCCCUUCAUAUCACAGACGGUAUGACUUUUUUGUUAGUAAAUUUUCUGCUAUGUGUCACAGUGGGGAAAAAGAAGAAGUAAGAGAUAAAAUUCGAACUGCUGGUAUUAAAGGUUUGCAAGCUGUUGUUAGAAAGACAGUUUCUGAUGAUCUUGUUGAAAAUAUUUGGGAACCAGUUCAUAUGGAUAAGAUUGUACCUAGUCUUCUAUUCAACAUGCAGGAGUCUGCUUUUCACAAGAAAAAUAGUGAUACUGUUGACAUCGGUCCAGAAGACACUUUGGAUCCUCCCAUGUUAGCAGAAACUUGUAUGCGAGAAUUAGUAGGAAGAGCUUCAUUUGGUCAUAUUAGAGCUGUUCUGAAACCAGUUUUUAGGCAUUUCGAUCUACAUAAAUUGUGGGUACCAAAUCAGUUUGCAAUUCAUACUUUCAGGAUAAUAAUGUUUUCUAUACAGGCGCAAUACUCGUAUACAGUAGUUGAGACACUCAUGGCACAUCUUGACGACAAUACAAAAUCAAGUCCCACCGUUAGAACUAGUAUUGCCGGCGUGUUGUCCAAAAUAAUAGCUAUUGCUGCUGGCGAAAGUGUGGGGCCGUCGGUUUUGGAAAUAAUCAACUCAUUACUUAGCCACCUUAGGGAUUCGGUCAAAAAUGAAGCCAGUCAAACUGAAGAAAAACAGUAUCAGGAAGCACUUAUAAACGCUUUAGGAGAAUUUGCUAAUCAUCUUCCUGAUUAUCAAAAAAUCGAAAUAAUGAUGUUUAUUAUGAGCAAAAUCCCUUUUCCUUUGGUAGAAAAUCAAACUCCUGCUGACAAUCUACUGCAGAAUAUUCUAUUGAAAAGUUUAUUGAAGGUCGGCACCAAAUAUCAAACAAUACAUCUAAAUACUACAUUUCCGAUAUCAUUCCUGGAGCCUUUGUUAAGGAUGUCUUUGGCUCCCGAUCCAGAUAUGCGAUUACUCGUACAAAAAAUCUUACAUACUCUUAUUGAUAGACAUCAAAAUUUAGAUAAGCUUGCUAAACCAAGCGUUACUAUCUCUGAAUUGAAUUUGGUGUUGGAAAAAUCAUCUAGGCCAGAUCUGAUAUUUAUUAACAAACAUGGGCCAAUUAUUUAUGAUGCUCUCUACACAAGUCUUCAAAUGGAUACUAAUACUCCAGAAAAUAUAGAAGCAGUAUACACUACACUGGCAUUACUCUGUGUGGAAUUAGCUAGUGCCGAAACUGUUAUAGAUUUGUUGCAGUUAACUUUAGGAAUCCAAAGUCUGGCACUCAACAGUACAUCAUUAUCACUCGCUCAAAAAUGUAAUCUUCAUGCUAUUGUGAUUUGUCUGUUAAUGCUCAUACCAACUGUAAUUAAAAUAAUACCACUUGCUGACUAUGCUAGACAAAUUGUAGAACAAAGGAGACAAGAAGCACCACAUUUACUUCCAGAUUUAUAUUCACAUUACCCAUCAAAUAUUGAGAUACCAAACAAAAUUCCCCAUUUGUUGGUUGAUCAGAUGGCAGUAUGCGAAUAUGUAAAAACAAGUGGAAUAGAUCCUUCUCGCCUUCAGCAGACAUCGCCGUAUGGAGCAGGUGGUCCAGGUCUUAUAGUUGGUUCUCAACGAAAUAGUUGGAUCGAAAAUGGUGCACGAGGUAGCAUAGUUGAAAUGGCUGUGAAUGAGGUAGACAGCGCCGCAAGUUCACCUGGUGUUCAGAAGAAACACACUGAAGAAGAUCUUAACUUUGAAAGCAUGAAGAGAGUUUUACAAGAACCACCUGAAAUUCGAAAAGAGGCAGAGGCCGAGAGAAGAAAAGCGUUAAGUCACACAUUCAGAACAGCAACAUUUUCAGAAUUAGUUAGGAGAACACAACCAAAGCAUGAUGUUUUACAGAGUAAAUUGAGCGAAAUAUUCAAGUCACUUACUACAAACGAAAAUCGAAGUCCUACAGAUGAAAAGAAGAAAGAUAUUCCACACUAUGAACAGAAUUUUCCAGAAUUAUUCUACUACUGAAAAUAUUGAUUAGUGUCUAAAUAAAGUAUAUUUCUUGACGACAGUAUUUCUUAGGUGCAAGGUAUAUUUACAAAGUAUAUUUCUGUAUUUUGUGUUAUCUGUAGACUAUUUUAAGAUAUUACAUUUGAUUUGAGAACAAAGAGUAUUAUUUACGAUAUUUAUCCUGAUAACUAUUAAAGUGUAUUAUAUUCGCCAA